AUGGCCACUGGCCUCCACAUCUGUACACCCAACCUUUCAGCACCCUUGCCCCUGGUCCAAGUCCCCCGUCAUAUCCGCUCAGUGAGAGCAUCAUCAAACAUCCCCACGGGACAGGCCAACUGCUAUGAACCACAGCCACCCUCGCCCCAGGCGGGAGAAAUGGUCGGUUUUCAUCAGAACCCGGAUGAAUACGCCCUCGCCAACCAUACCAUUGGGUUCACCGGCUAG